AUGGAGGCAAUCAGAUCAAGAACUGAAACUCAUCUACAUAAUAUUAUGUCAAAUAGAUCUGAAGUUAGAUCUAUUGACCCAAAACGAAACGCAGGAGAUGAAGAAUUAUUGAAUCAAAUAGGUUAUAAACAAGAAUUAAGAAGACAUUAUAGUACAUUUGAGACUUUUGGUAUUAGUUUUUCAAUUAUGAGUUUACUUCCAUCAAUAGCUUCAAUUUUACCAGUUUUAUUAGAAUCAGGAUUAGGUGGUGCAUGGUGGAGUUGGUUUGCAGCAUCAUGUAUGAUAACGUUGGUUGGAUGUAGUAUGAGUUUUUUGGGACUGGCUCUUCCAACGUCUGGAGGUUUAUAUUACUACGCUAACUAUUAUUCACCUGACAGUAUUCGGGUCCCAAUAAGUUUUUUGAUUGGAUGGGCAAAUACUUUGGGUCUAUUAGGUGGAUAUUGUUCAAUUAGUUGGGGAUUUGCGGUUGAAGUCUUAUCAGCAGUCAAUAUUUCGAUGGAUGGUAAUUUCGAUGUAACUAACGCAAGAUGCUAUGGAAUUUAUGCAGCAACAAUAAUCUCCACUGUUAUAAUUGCAUGUUUAACUACAAAGAAUGCAGCUAGACUACAGGGAAUUGCAGUUUAUGUUAAUGUAUUCUUGGUUUUGCUAUUUGUGAUAGCUGUUCCUGUCGGAUAUUCCCGAAAUCAUACGUUCAACACUAGAGGUCAAAUUUUUGGAGAUUUCACGAAUUCAAGGAGUUGGAGUACUGGAUGGAGUGUAUGUCUAAGUUUACAGGGUGCAGUCUGGGUUAUAGGAUCAUUUGAUUCCGUUAUUCAUUGUUCGGAAGAGUGCAAAGACCCUCAACGUGCAAUUGGAUUUGGUAUAGUCGGCUCAAUUGUUGCUUGCGCAAUCUUGGGUAUUGGAGUUGUGUCAGUUUGUUGUGCUUGUAUUAUAGAUGGAGAUAUAAGUAGAGUUCUUGAAAGUGAAACUGGAUCAGCAAUGGCACAAAUUAUCGAUGAUGCUCUAGGCCGCAAAUGGGCAACAGCUUUCAUGGCCUUGAUAUCAGUUGGCCAGUACAUGAUGGCGGUCUCCAUUGUCCUUGCCAUUAGCCGUCAAGUUUUUGCUUCAUCAAGGGAUUCAUUGAUCCCUGUUGUAUCCAAUUACUUGAAAUACAUCAAUCCAAAAUACAAAAUCCCCGUUAGAAGUACUUGUUUUUGUGGAAUAAUGGCUCUUAUUUUGGGUUUGCUAUCAUUAAUCGGCCCAGCUGGAGCUAAUGCUUUGUUCUCAUUAGCAAUCAAUAGUAAUUCUGUUGCAUGGGGAACUCCAAUGUUACUUGUUCUUUUGCCGUACGGUAGAAAAAAAUUCAUCCCAGGACCAUUUUGGUUUGGUAAAACGAUUAGUUAUUCCAUAAUGUUGCUUGCAGUGCUUUGGUUAAUGUUUAUUAUUAUACUGUCUACAUUCCCAGACAAUAUAGAAGUUGAUAAGAAAACAAUGAAUUAUACAGUUGUUAUAAAUGUUGGUAUUUGGAUUUUAGCGUUGAUCUAUUAUUUCGUUUAUGGUUAUAAAGUCUAUUCUGGUCCUAAGUCAAACUUAGAUGAACCAGAAUAUUCUGAUGGUUCAAGUGUUGCUAUUAUGGACGAGGUUUUAUCAGAAAAGGUGUAA